AUGGCGGAAACGAAAUCGUCGGUUACCUCGAAUAUCACCAACUCACCGAACAACGAGCUGACGCCGCUGAAUAGGGUGGCAUCCGCGGCAUCGGAGCAGGAGCAAGAUAGCAAGAGGCAGCGCACAAGUCCGGGUAAGAAUUCACCAACAACCACAGCUCCCAAGGAUGAACGAGAACAAGAGCAAGAGCAUGAGCAUGAGCAUGAGCAAGAGCAAGAGAAGGCGCGACCGCAACCGGAAGACGACCUGGCCGUCAAGCCCGCGCAAAAGCCCCAAGACGCCCGGGAAGCACGACGAAAGAGCGGCGUCACCGACGAGAAGCAGCGCAGCAAGAGACUGUUCGGCGCAUUACUGGGCAACUUGAACCAACCAGGCGACAGAGUUUCGAGGCGGCGGUCGGAAAUUGAGCAACGAAGAAAGGCUGAGCUCCAGAAGCAGGAUGACGAACGCCUCGAGGAUCGCCAGAAACGACUGGAGAAGCUUGCUGUGCAGCGGAAGAAGGAGCAGAUCAAUGUCGAUGAGCAGAAUAUGCACAUACGGCACAAGAAUAUGCUGAAGAACGCCAACUUCCUGCAGACCAAAGCAGAGCCCAGAUUGUACUACAAGCCAUGGGAGCUCUUGACCGACGAAGAAGAUCGUAUCGACGACCAGAUCAAAGACACCGAAGAUCAGAUCGACAAGGAGCUAGCCGACUGGGAGGAUGAGAAGAAGAAGCGGUUAGAGUCGCUCAACGGUCCCGAAGGAGACCCCGCGAACAAGGCCCCAGACUCGAAGCCCGAGGCAGAGACGGCCCCUGAUGAGGGUUCCAAGGACACGGCUGCACCUGAACAAGAUGCUUCUGGUGACAGCGCCGACAAGCAUGUUCAAGAUGCGCCAACUAAUAACCCCACAGAGAGGCGCUCAGAGGUACCGGAAUCUGACCCAGGUGAGCACACUAAUGGCGAUGAGCCUAAGCCAGCUUCAACGGGAGCAGAGGAGCCCAAGCCAGAAGGAGCAAAAUCAGAAGACCCCACUCCAGGUGAGCCUAUCGAGGAAGAAAAGAAGGAGGACAACGAAGACGAUGGCGACCACGUGGUCGAGGGAGACGAGGACGACGUAAUCUACUAA